GGGGAACGUGAGGUCAGGCAGCCAGGAUGCCGAAGACUGUGGUGAUCGAUGCCCGAGGGCACAUGCUUGGGCGCCUGGCUUCGAUUGUUGCCAAGCAGGCUCUGAAUGGCCAGCACAUUGUCGUGACCCGUGCAGAGGAGAUCAAUGUGUCAGGAGGUCUCGUGCGUCAGAAGAUGAAGUACGAGCGGUUCUUGAGGAAAAGGAUGAACUCCAACCCCAAGAAGGGACCCAUCCACUUCCGCGCCCCAUCCAGGAUAUUCUGGAGGACAGUGCGCGGAAUGGUGCCGCACAAGACAAAGCGCGGCGCAGCAGCUCUGGAGAGGCUGAAGACCUUUGAGGGCGUGCCGCCCCCGUACGACAAGGUUAAGCGCAUGGUGGUGCCUGACGCGCUGAAGGUCCUGCGCCUGCAACACGGCCACAAGUUCUGCAAGCUUGGCGACCUGGCCGCCUCGGUGGGAUGGAAGCACAAGGCUUCAGUGGCAGAGCUGGAGGCUCGCAGGCUGGAGAAGGCAAAGGGCUUCUACCUUGCAAAGAAGAAGCUGACAGCCCUCAAGGCAGCCGCUGCAGCUCAGGCCGCAGCUUAAGGAGAGCUCACUCUGCAGAUGUCAUUCCUACUGAUUUAGCCAAUAUUCUCUGCUGCAUGCUGUAUGGGGAGAAUUUCAGGUGCUGCAUGCUGUUAGGGAAGAAUUUCAGGAUCCCAGGCCGUCAGAGAUUGAUUAACGCACAGUAUGUGUAUCUCUUGUGUAACAAAAGCAAUUGACAAGAAA